AUGGCUUUCUUCUUUGGUCUGACUCUUCGCAGGCUCUAUAACACCGACAUGGAAAAAAGGGCAAACGAAGCUUCCAAGAAGCGCCCCAUUCCUUCCCCUGAUGCCGAAUUUCUUGACUCCAACAAGGCCAAGUGCGAGCGGAACGAGGAAAACGACAGCGAGAUCUGCACCAUGGAUGACUUCUCCACCGACUUGAUGUUGAGAGCUCGAUACGUGGCCGCUAAGCAAGCUUCUUUUGACGAGCCCUUCGAGCUGUCCGAAAGCGAUUCCACUUUGUCCCAUGCGAUCAGAGCUCGCGUUGAUGCGAACCUCCCAACCGCUGAAAGAGGAACUGUUACGGGGGCUCCCCUCUCUAAUGACGAUGUCGCAGACAUACUUAAGAAGGUUAAGCCGGACUGUCGCAAAGCCCAGGCAUGGGUAAAGGCGCAUGAAGUCAGCAAGGCGGCCAUGGAGCGACUUAAGGCGAAGUCGGAGAACCGCGACGCCCUCAGAAAGAAGUCACUACGUCAGUUGCACGGCAGAGGUCAUCAGGCUGAGGCCCAGUCCGAUGCACCCAGAUACCAAGCAAGGGCCCCGGCUCCGAACUUGCAGGCUCCCGAGGAUCGUACCGUUGAAGAAGAACUGGAGGAGGCAAGGGUGGUGUACAACAGGGUUAGCCUGGCGCACGAUAGACUCCUGAAGACCAUCGUCGACAUGGAGGAGUUUAGAAAGACUCUCUCGUAG